CUAAACAUAGUUCCAGACUUCAACCAAUCCGAAUUUAGGUACCCAUUUAUCUAAUUCUACGCGCAUUCCAGAGCUUCGGUGAUGCAAUUGGCUUCCCCGGUUAACGAACUUUACUGUCCAAGACACAUGCCGUCAAUUUUGGCGCUGACGCCCCCAGUUCAUCGAUUCUGAUUCCUUCUGUUGCAAGCCAAUAAUCAGCUCACGUUUUGACUCUCUGGAACUGGAUAGCGUCUGAUAUUUGUAUAUCUAGCGCUUCCUGGGAAUGGGUUUUUCUCGAUUUUGAUUGAAAUCGAAAACCCAUUACUUGAGCGGCGCUAACGAUGGAAUCGAAGUGAUUGCUUUUCAGUUCGUCCUAAUGGGGAGUUUUCUUGGUGGAUUUUUGUUGCCUCUGCUGCUUCUAACUGCGGCUCUAAUCAAUUGGAGUUUGGUCUCUCUUGCUGAUUUAUUGGUGUUUCUUUUCAUUCAAUUUAAUGCACAUAAAAUAGGGUUUAUUUUUGGUCGGCGAUUUUUGGUAUUAUGGCCAAUUAUCAUAUUCUCUUUGCUUGUUAUUCUUUCUCAAGUAACCUUUCUUGUUAUAUGGUCUCUUGAGGGAUAUAAUUGGAGCUUAGCCAAUGCAUGGUGGGCUAAGCUGAUUGGUUUCAUGACAAUUCAGUCAUGGAAAUCACCUUCUGUUAUUUAUUUCUUAGUUGUACAGCUGUUAGCAAUUUUUGUUGCUGCUGCUGAUAUCUACUGGUACAGAAUUGGUCUGGUUCCAAGGGGAGAUUCAUGCUUGGUUCAAUUCUCAUCUUUUGUUGAUCGUCUAGGUUCUCAUCUAAGGGUUGCUUCCUGUUUGCUACUUCCUGCCAUUCAGAUUAUUGUGGGAAUUAGCCAUCCAUCAUGGGUUUCUCUUCCAUUUUUCAUUGGCAGCUGUGUAGGUCUGGUGGAUUGGUCUUUAACAAGCAACUUUUUAGGACUUUUCAGGUGGUGGAGGCCUCUUCAACUAUAUGCAGGUUUCAUUAUUUUUCUCGUUUAUGCGUAUCAGCUUCCAGUUGGGUAUCCUAGUAUGUUGAAAUGGGUCGCUAAAUUCAUUGGUCUGUCUAAAAUAUCAUCAACCUCCGAAUGGCCCGAGAUCUGCUCCUACGUUUCUCUUAUACUUUUCUAUAUCAUGCUUUCUUGUGUUAAGUGCGAUCUUGAGGAAAUGGAUUUCAUUAUGUCAACGAGGGAAAGCAACUUAGUGGAGCAGCUUCUUCCCUCUAAGCAUUCAUUUUUCAUUCGUGAAUUGAGGUCUGGUGUGAGGCACACUAAUGUUCUGUUAAGGAGAGAUGUGUUCCGAACAUUUACUAUUAACUUUUUCACGUAUGGUUUCCCGGUCGCCUUGGUUGCUCUGUCCUUCUGGAGUUUUCAUUUUGCAAGUCUAUGUGCAUUUGGAUUACUUGCUUAUGUUGGGUACAUUGUAUACGCCUUUCCUUCGUUAUUCCGCUUGCAUCGAUUGAACGGGCUGCUGCUUGUCUUCAUUCUCUUCUGGGCCAUUAGCACAUAUAUUUUCAAUGUAGCAUUCACGUUUUUGAAUCGGAAGAUCGGGAAGGACAUGCAUGUUUGGGAGAUGGUGGGUUUGUGGCAUUAUCCUAUACCAGGAUUCUUUCUGCUUGCACAAUUUGGUCUUGGAAUUUUGGUUGCAUUGGUUAAUCUUGUAAACAAUACGGUUUUCCUUUGCUCGUCUGGUGAGGACGAGCGUUCUUCAAACGACAACUCCAGUGUUAGAGAGGCAGGAGAGACCAAGGUAUUAAUCGUGGCAACUAUUGCAUGGGGUUUGCGCAAAAGCUCUCGAGCUAUCCUGCUAACGUUGAUAUUCCUCGUUGCAAUGAAGCCCGGUUUGAUCCAUGCUGUGUAUGUGGUGUUCUUCCUCUUAUACCUUUUGAGCCACGAUGUUGGCAGAAAGAUGCGCCAGGCUAUGAUUCUUCUGAAUGAGGUUCAUUUUGCAUUAUUAUAUCUUCUUCAGAUCAACUUGGUAUCUGAUGUGUUAGGUCGGGAAGGUUCUUUAUGCCGAGAAAUUCUGUUGCAACUAGGUCUCCUUGGACGUCGUGAUAGCACGUGGGAGUUCCUGGAAAUAGCUCUGCUUGCUUGCUUUUGUUCAAUUCAUAACCAUGGUUUUGAAAUGCUAUUUUCGUUUUCUGCCGUUGUGCAGCACACACCCAGCCCCCCGGUUGGAUUUAGCAUUUUACGAGCUGGUCUUAAUAAAUCCGUUCUGCUUUCAGUUUAUACAGCCACGUCGAAUAAUUAUUGCCAUGAUAAUCCUUCGCACGAGAGAAAGAUUGCAUCAUUCCUCAGUUCCAUUGGAGAGAAGUUCCUAUCCAUGUACAGAUCAUGUGGAACCUAUAUUGCAUUUCUCACUAUUCUUCUCACGGUUUGUUUUGUCAAACCAAAUUACAUAUCCUUCGGAUACUUAUUCCUUCUUCUUGUUUGGAUAAUUGGACGACAACUAGUCGAAAGAACGAAGAGGCGACUAUGGUUCCCAUUAAAAGCCUAUGCAAUUACAGUUUUUAUCUUCAUAUAUUGCAUGAGCAGUUUUUCCAGCUUUAGGAUAUGGCUAUCCAGAUCAAUUGAUCUUAAUUUUUACUUGGGCUACGACUCAGAGGCGUCGUCUUUGCAAAAUUGUUGGCAGUCUUUGGCUGUGAUGAUUGUGAUGCAACUUUAUAGCUAUGAGAGAAGGCAGAGCAGGUAUCUUAGUUCCGAUGAACCGGGGCUAUUAGAAUACGGUGCGUUUAUAAAACGCUUCCUGAUAUGGCACUGUGACAAGAUUCUAUUUGCAGCUCUUUUCUAUGCAUCCAUAUCACCAAUCAGUGCAUUUGGAUUAUUAUAUCUACUUGGCCUCGUCGUAUGUGCGACUUUACCGAAGGCGUCGCAUAUCCCCUCGAAGUUGUUUCUUGCAUAUACUGGAGUUAUCAUGACAGCUGAAUAUCUUUUCCAGAUGUGGGGGGAACAAGCUGAAAUGUUUCCUGGACAAAAGCAUGCUGAUUUGUCUUAUUUUCUGGGUUUUCGUGUAUUUCGACCCGGAUUUUGGGGUCUGGAAUUAGGCUUAAGGGGAAAAGUACUCGUAAUUGCUGCAUCCACGCUCCAAUAUAACGUCUUUCGCUGGCUGGAAAGGAUGCCAGGUUCUGUUCUAAAUAAAGGGAAGUGGGAUGACCCUUGUCCACUGUUUGUCUCAGAAGAAGAUGAUUACUAUGAUGACAUAUCCUCUUCUAAUGAGAAAAAUAAGCCAUCAUUUGAUUCUGGAAGAUCGUUUGUACCGCAGGAAGUUUCGGAUCAUAUUUCGAGGUCAUCCUUCGCGUCUGGUCGGGCUCAAGUGCCUCAUGAUGCAUCCAGUAAACGAGAGAACUCCGAGUGUAGCAGCAGUAAAAAAUCUUCAUUUGGAUUUAUAUGGGGAAGCAUCAAGGAAAGCCACAAAUGGGACAAAACACGAAUUACAUCCUUAAGAAAGGAACGAUUCGAAAUGCAGAAGAUCGUUUUCGAGAUAUAUAUGAAAUUUUGGAUGGAGAACUUGUUUUAUCUCUUUGGUCUUGAGAUAACCAUGAUCUCCUUGCUUCUAACGAGUUUUGCUUUAUUAAAUUCCGUCUCCUUGUUCUACGUCGGGUUGUUAGCUGCCUGUAUUCUUUUGGAUCGGGGUAUUAUACGAAAACUAUGGCCUAUAUUUGUCUUCUUGUUUGCUUCCAUUCUUAUACUCGAAUAUAUCGCCUUCUGGAAGAACAUGAUGAACUCAAAUUGGCUAAUGCCAAGCAAAGCUGAUGUUCAUUGUCAUGACUGCUGGAGAAUCUCUAAUCUCUACUACAAAUUUUGUCUGAACUGUUGGCUGGGACUGACGGUCGACGAUUCGAGGAUGCUUUUUAGUUAUUUUGUGGUGUUCAUGCUUUCAUCUCUCAAGCUCCGUGCUGAUCGUUUAUCUGGUUUCUCGCUAUCAUCUACGUAUCGUAAAAUGAUGUCCCAACGUAAAAAUACAUUCGUUUGGAGGGAUCUAUCUUUUGAAACGAAAAGCAUGUGGACUAUCCUUGACUAUCUUAGACUCUAUUGCUAUUGUCACUUGUUGGAUCUUGUCCUGGCUUUGAUUUUGAUCACGGGAACUCUUGAAUAUGAUGUUCUACAUCUGGGUUAUCUCGCCUUCGCACUCGUGUUCUUUAGGUUACGACUCGAAAUUCUGAAGAAGAAGAACAAAGUAUUCAAGUUCUUGCGUGCAUAUAACUUUGCUCUUAUUAUACUCUCAUUAGCCUACCAAUCUCCACUUGUAGGAGAAGUUAGUGCUGGCAAGUGUGAAACCAUGCAUUACAUAUUUGAGAUGAUUGGAUUUUACAAGUAUGAUUAUGGAUUUCGAAUUACUGCUAGAUCUGCUCUUGUUGAGAUUAUUAUCUUCAUGUUGGUCUCGCUCCAGUCGUACAUGUUCUCGUCUCAAGAGUUCGAAUAUGUAUGUCGGUAUCUUGAAGCGGAGCAGAUCGGUGCCAUUGUUCGGGAGCAGGAAAAGAAAGCAGCAUGGAAAACCGAACAGUUACAACAUAUCCGAGACUCGGAGGAGAGCAAACGGCAGCGGAACUUGCAAGUUGAGAAGAUGAAAUCAGAGAUGCUCAAUUUGCAAAUUCAGCUUCAUAACAUGAACUCAUCUGUUGAUGGUAAUAACGCUUCUCGAAGUCCCGGGGACGACUCGGUUAGAAAGCGGAGUACUUCUAGGAUACAUGAUGAUGCAAUGACAACUGAUAUAGAAGGAACACAUGGGAAGGUAGAACAGCUUGAAUUACAGGAAUCUCUGGCUAAUCUAAGAACAGAAAUAACAACAGAGUCGAGAAUGCAGUCGAUGGAGUUACCCGUUGCAGACAUUUGUGAAAUCGAUUCUCAGAUUUCAGACGUAUCUUUGGAUUCAGAUAGAAAAAGGAAACAUAAAGGUUCGACAAAAGGUAACCCGUUAAUGUCUGCUGUACAGUUUAUAGGCGACGGUGUUUCUCAGGUGCAAUCGAUCGGAAAUCAAGCUGUUAGCAAUCUCGCAACGUUCUUGAAUGUCACGCAAGACGACGACAUGAACGAACAGACCAAUUCCGAGGACAGAGUUUAUGAUCAGAUAGAGAGCCAGCAACCAAGGUAUGCAGAUUUGGAGCGUUCUUCCUCGCUGCAGUCUGAUAAGAGUUCCGACCCUGCAAGUAUGCAGUUAGGAAGGAUUUUUCGUUACAUAUGGUCCCAAAUGCGGUCCAACAACGACGUCGUGUGCUAUUGUUGCUUUAUCCUCGUCUUCUUGUGGAACUUCAGUUUACUUUCCAUGGUUUACCUCGCAGCGCUCUUCAUCUACGCCCUGUGUGUAAACGCCGGUCCGGGUUAUAUGUUUUGGGUUGUCAUGCUAAUCUACACAGAAUUGUACAUAUUGCUGCAAUAUCUGUACCAGAUAAUCAUCCAGCAUUGUGGGUUGGCUAUCAGUUCAGAUCUUCUUCAGGAACUGGGGUUCCCUACAAAUAGAAUUACUUCAUCCUUUGUUGUAAGUUCAUUGCCUCUGUUCCUGGUUUACUUGUUCACUCUACUGCAAAGGUCUAUAACAGCAAAAGAUGGUGAGUGGACGUAUUUGAAUGCGUUCAAUAAAAGCGCUCUCCCCAGAAAACACAGUCUUGGACGCUAUGGCUUGACCGAGAGGGCUUACGAAGUCGUAUACGUCGGGAGAAAAAUGGUGAUGGCUAUGCUCAGAAGUUCAUGGAAGUACUGGAAAUCGCUGACUCAAGGAGCCGAAUCGCCACCCUACUUUAUCCAGGUGUCUAUGGAUGUUCAAAUAUGGCCAGAAGACGGGAUUCAGCCAGAGAGGAUCGAGUCGGGAAUAAACCAGUUGCUUCGAGUUAUCCAUGAAGAGAGGUGUAAGAAACAGAACGCUCGACUUUGUCCGUUUUCUAGUAGAGUUCAUGUUCAGAGCAUUGAAAGAAGUAAAGAGAAUACAGAGGUGGCCUUGGUUGUUUUAGAGGUAGAAUAUUCUUCUCCUUCGAGCGAUACUUGUUCGGAAUGGUCCGACUCGCUUACGCCUGCAGCUGAUGUAGCAAAUGAGAUUCGUCUUGCACAACGUAACGGAUUUGUUGAAAACACUGGAUUCCCGUAUCGAAUACUCUCCGUGAUUGGGGGAGGCAAGAGGGAAAUCGAUCUAUAUGCGUAUGUAUUUGGCGCAGACUUGACGGUGUUCUUCUUCGUCGCGAUUUUCUAUCAAUCUGUCAUAAAAAACAACAGUGAGUUUCUUGAUGUGUAUCAACUAGAAGAUCAAUUCCCAAAAGAGUUCGUGUUCGUCUUGAUGAUAAUAUUCUUCUUGAUCGUGCUCGAUCGAUGUAUAUACCUCUGCUCGUUUGCUAUCGGUAAAGUGAUCUUUUACCUUUUCAACCUCGUGCUCUUUACGUAUGCGGUAACGGAGUAUGCAUGGCAAAUGGAACCUUCCAAUCAGCACGCUGGAGAGUUGGCGCUCCGUGCUAUAUUUCUUGCUAAGGCGGUUUCUUUAGCACUUCAGGCAAUACAAAUUCGAUACGGUCUCCCGCACAAAAGCACCUUGUAUCGACAAUUUUUGACGAGUGAAGUUUCGAGAAUUAACUAUUUAGGUUACAGGCUUUAUCGGGCUCUUCCCUUCUUGUAUGAAUUGCGAUGUGUGCUGGACUGGUCGUGCACGUCGACAUCUCUGACCAUGUACGACUGGCUAAAGCUGGAGGACAUAAAUGCAAGCUUGUACCUUGUCAAAUGUGAUGCAGUCCUAAACAGAUCUCAGCACAAACAGGGAGAGAAACAAACCGUAAUGACCAAAUGUUGCAAUGGAAUAUGCCUGUUCUUCAUAUUACUAUUUGUCAUCUGGGCUCCAAUGCUGAUGUAUAGCAGUGGCAACCCAACAAACGUUGAAAACCCAAUCAAAGAUGCCAGUUGCCAGGUUGAUAUCAAGACAACUUCAGGAAGAUUAACACUCUACCAAACCACUCUUUGUGAAAAGAUCUCAUGGAACAAUUUGAAUGCAAAUUUGGUUCUUGAUCCAGGAGGCUAUCUGGGUCCAUAUAACAAAAAUGAUAUUCAGUUGAUUUGUUGUCAAGCUGAUGCAAGUGUUCUGUGGCUUGUUCCUGGUGUGGUUCAGUCCAGGUUCAUUCAUUCCCUUGACCGGAACCAAAAUAUAAGCGUUUCUUUCACUUGGAUACUCACGAGGGACAGACCAAAAGGGAAGGAGGUUGUACAAUAUGACCGAGUUGUUGAUCCUCGAGAUCUUCCCAAUCCUUCUGAUGUUCAGAAGGUUCUGAAUGGCUCAAUGAAUGGCUUUCGGAUAAAAAAUGUUUACCAAAGGUACUUUCGUGUCACGGGAUCUGGUGAUGUUAGACCUCUGGAACAAGAGGACAGUUUUGUCAAUGCCGAUCUCAUCUUGAACCGUGAAAAUUACGAGUGGUGGUCCUUCCACGACGUCCAGCCAAUAAACGUUAGUGAAUGUGGACGUUUCACCGGACCCGUAGCCUUCGUAAUCUCUGAGGAAAUACCACCUCAGGGCAUUCUGGGGGACACUCUUAGCAAGUUCAGCAUCUGGGGUCUUUACAUAACCUUUGUUCUAGCAGUUGGCCGUUUUAUAAGACUUCAAUGCUCUGACUUGAGAAUGAGAAUUCCCUAUGAGAAUCUUCCUUCUUGUGACAGGUUGAUAGCUAUUUGUGAAGACAUAUAUGCUGCUAGAGCUGAGGGAGAGCUUGGAGUUGAAGAGGUCUUAUACUGGACUCUUGUGAAAAUCUACAGGUCUCCUCAUAUGCUGCUUGAGUACACAAAAAUAGAUUAGACUGCAAAGUUUAAGCUUACAUUUGCUAGAUAAUUAGAUGGCCAUUACCGAAAACCGAGAAGAUAUGCAUACGACUAACAUCAGUUAUAGUGAAAGCCAGCCUCAGGAUCAGUGUGUUCUUGAGAGCUUGCCAUGUUACCAUAGGAUGUUGUGGAAUACUAAGUAAAAAUAGAUUCAAGAACAUUCAUGUUUGUAGAUGAUCUGGUUAGUGUAAUGCAGUAGUUUUAGCUUAAAAAAACAGAGGAGCAGGCUUUCUUUUACUAAUUCUAUAAGGAAAUGUAGGUCUGAGUUGUAUGUUUUUCACUUUUUCUUUGAGUAGUUUAUGAAUAGUUUAGAUUUUGAGUUUAGAACAUUAGAACAGCCAAGAACAGUUGCACUGAUCUGAUGCAUAUUUCAUUAAUUAUGUUUGUUUAUAGUCA